AUGCCGCGCCCCGCCGUUGAACGACCCGCGAUCGAGCUUACCCAGUCAUGCCAGUGCCAAUUGUUAAACGAGCGACAAGAGGCAUUAGUCAACUUCCUCCUGUCCGUCGCGCCUCUGUCCGAGAUUGGACACUUGAUGAUCCUGACAACGCCACCCCGGACAGAGUUUAUAUAUGGUUAUGUGGGAAUGGAAGCCGCGGUGCCGUACCCGUGGCCGCGGAUAAGGAGUUAUGAGCCAAGCACCCAGUGCCUGGAGGACAAGAAAUCGGGUUUCAGGGUAACGCAACAUAUACGUGUUACAACCAUCACAUCAUCGGCCCAACACCAGAUACGCAAACCCAAGCACCCCACGGUACCCCGUCAGGUAAUCCCGCUCCCUCCCAUCCUCCCGCUCCCUGACCUCCCGCACCCGGGGAUCAUCGGGGUUAGCCAACAACCACUCCCGCGUGCCCGCGCGGUGCCGCGACUCAAAGUCAUCCCACUCCCACUGGUCCGCCGUGCUGAGAUGCAACACCUCCCACCCGUUCUCACGACACAUGGCCACCAGCUCCCCCAACAUUGGCACCUCCUCCCCAAACAUCUCCCUCGCCGUCUCCGUCGGCUCCCGUUGCUCCCAGCACAUCUCCCCCACCAGCGCUCGCCCCCCACACCCCGGCGGCACCAGCUCGGCCAACCUCGCCAACAUCGCGCGGCUCCCGCCCAGCGCGUGCGACGACCCAACACAAAUCACACGGUCCACCACCCCGCCAGACGGCGCCGGCCGCCACUCCGCAGCGGACAUCUCCACAAAGGACACUCGAUCCGCGGGCAGCGCGCCCACCACCACCGCCGCCGUCGCGUCGCGACGAGCCCUCUCGAGCGCGGCAAGGUCCGUGUCCACGCCGGUGGCCGUCCACGUGGGCGCGUCGUUGGUAAUGUGCUCUGGGCGCGCGUUACUGUUGCUGUUACUGUGACAGAGCGCGGCGGCGCGCAGGAGCAGCGCGCCCCAGCCGCAGCCGAGGUCGACGAUGUGGUUGUGGGGGGUCAGGUGGAGGUGGGUGAGGAGGGCGUCGGCGUGGGUGGGGAGAGUGGUGAGUUCCAGGUGAGGCGGGAGUAG